AUGCUGUGUUCCAGAGGCAUGUUCCAGCAGUUGAGUCUAGUUGUCUUCCUGCUGUGCUCCCCGGUGCCUCUCUACGGAAGACCCAUCGAUGCUCUCACUAACAGAAUGAGGAGGUCAGUGAGCCACGCCCAGUUGAUGCACGACAAGGGCCGGUCUCUGGAGGAGUUCAAGAGACGCCUCUGGCUCCAGGGGCUGCUCGAUAAAGUCCACACAGCCGACAGCGAGCGAGCCCCGCCUCACCAGAGUAGGAACAACGCCAACGGGGGCCACAUCACCUUCAGCGGGAGCGCCCUACGCCCCCCCAAACCCCCCGGAGGGACCAAGAACCUCCCUCUGAGUUUCCAGCUGGGAGGGGAGGUGGGCAACCUCCCCCAGGAGACCAACAAGUCUGUGGCCUACAAGGACCAGCCGCUGAAGGUGUCCACCAAGAGGAAAAAGAAGGUGAAGGGAGAGAGAGGGAGACGGAGGGAGAGCGAGAAGAGGAGGCGGCGGGCUCGCGACACAACCAUUGUCAUGACAUGGGAGACACAUAGGGAGCCACAGAGGACGCUAGAUAUUGGGUGA